GAUAAGCGCACGAUAAGCUGCUAGCAAGGGUCCAGGUGUCCCCACCUAAAUUUUGUCCAUCAGGUUCAGCUGCAACUUUUCCACCCAGCAUCACGACGAGACGAUACGCGACAAGCCACAGCUUUCCGCUAUGAAUGCGCACGCCCUGCUCUCGGCGCAAGGAUGGCGCGGCCACGGCCACUCUUUGCACAAGACGUCCGACUUGAUCGGCUUGUCGAAACCUCUGCUCCUCAAUCGCAAAGACAACACCAAGGGUCUCGGCACCUCGUCACACUUCAAUGCGGACCAGUGGUGGCUCAACGCCUUCGAUGAGCAGUUGAAAGGCUUGGAGACCAGUAAAAAAGGCCAGGUGAAGCAGAUGGUCACCACGGGCAAGCUCAACACCGUCGACGUUGGCGGCCUUGGGAAAUACUCCGUGUACAACUCCUUCGUCAAGGGCGGCUUCCUCGACGGCACGGUGGAUCUUCUCAAGAAACAAGCGGAAGAUAGCACCGACGACGACUCGAAGACAAAGAGAAAAGAGACAAAGGAGGAGCGCCGGAAACGAAAAGAGGAGAAGAGACAGCGCAAAGAACAACGUGCUGUGAGGCGAGAAGCACGCCAUGCGCAGCGAGCUGUCCGGAAAGAGGCGCGGCGGAGAAUGAAAGAGAUUCGACGACAAGCCCGACAGGAGAAGAGGGCGGCGAAGGAAGACAAGAGGAAAAAGGAGGCGAACUCGGAUAAGUCGUCCAGCGAAGAAUCGUCAGGGGACGCCAUCGAGGACGAGAAGCGCUUGCGGCGAGCGAAGAAGGAGGAAAAGCGUAGGAAGCGCGCGAUCGAAAGCUAGCGAGGGUGAAGUGAGGUCUGCACGAGGAAUGGGUGGGCGUUUUGGCAGCGGCAUAGACAUCACGAUUAGACGCAUUGCAAGGAGUUCUUGGUCACGGCAGAACAUGGGAGUCUAUGACACCGCAGUACAGGGCAUCUGGAGUUAA